AUGUUUGACAACUUACCAGUUACGCCCAAUGAGACUUGGAUAUACCCUUUGGUCAGCUCAUUCGGGGUAGGAUUGGUCCAAAUAUGUCUCAAUUGGAAUGAAUUGGAUAACAAAACUGCUCGUCAAGUGUCAAGACGAAGCCAAACCACAUUCACAAUUAUUGGAAUUCAUGAUUUGUGCAUAGCGUUCGUUUUUGCCUUUUAUUCAUACAAAGUCGAACACAACGGAUAUGUUUUGAUGGUUUUAGCGUGGUGCUUUGGCAUAGCCAGCUUUAUUGCAGGAUUGAUGUUGGAAAAGAUUAAAUUGGCCCACACUCUAGAAGAUGGAAUUACUUGGUCAAACGCUGCGAACCACUUUUUCAAUCUGGGUGCGAAUAUUGCAAAGGUACCCAAACCACCUCCACCAGGACUUUUUGAAAACAUUCGCUAUAUCAAUGGAAUCAUGAUAUGGGGUUAUAUUCUUAUGGCUGCAAUUGCAUAUUCUGUGGAUGUGGCUUCGAAAUUGCAACCAACUCCUAGAAAGAUAUACGAGUAUGUUUUGGUUCUCGCCUUGAAUUCAUACUGGUUUCCUCAAUUUGCUUGGAACACACUCCAGAAUCGUACAGAUGCCCUUCUGUGGAAAUUUGUAUACGAAACAUCGAUCCUCCGGCUCUUGCCUGUCUGGUAUCUUUGUAAAAAAUCCAGCAAUGUUUUCGGCCAUUCAGAAGACCCCAUUUUAUUUGUUGUGAUUGUUGUUUGGAUAACGUUUCAACUCUUUUUAUUGGUUUUGCAAGCCCAAUUUGGGGCCCGAUUUUGGCUUAUCAAGGACAAACUUCCUCAGGUUUACGACUAUCACCAUUCACUAAAUGCCGAUGAAAUUGACCGUGUGGUCAAAUCCAAUGAACUCAAAAGGAGCUCGGAAGAUAAUGAUGUUCGUGUAGAGUGCCAUGUAUGCAAGCAAGGUAUCAUACUAUCACCCAGCGAAAAAAUUGAGUCUACACAACAUUAUAUGGUGACUCCAUGUUUCCAUCUCUUUCACACAGACUGCUUAGAAGGAGUCAUGGAGUACAAGCUUCAGUGCCCCAGAUGCCGCAAUGGCAUACCGCUGUAA